CCGACAGCCAGGCAAGACAUAAGCAAGGAUAGACUAGAAAGGAAGCAAUGACUCCAAAUGUGGAUAGCCAGUCCUUUGGCACAGUACACCACUCCAAUGUCUACCUCUCCAUAUUCGCUCUGUUUUGCGUCAAGCUCUUUGUCAAGAUCAGCCUGAAUAUUCUCACCCACUUCUAUGUGGUGAAGGGGAAUCGGAAGGAGGCUGCCCGCAUUGCAGAAGAGUUUUAUGAUUUUGGACAAGGCCACAGGUCAUGGGCGGACCGGUCCCCUCUCCACGAGGCAGCGUGUCAUGGCCGUCUCCUGGCCCUCAGGACCCUUCUCUCACAGGGUUACAACGCAAACAUCCCUACCAUAGACCAUGUGACGCCGUUGCAUGAGGCUUGCCUGUCAGACCACGCGUCAUGUGCCAAGGCGCUCGUUGCAGCUGGUGCCAAUGUAAAUGCCACCACCAUUGAUGGGGUGACGCCACUGUUCAAUGCCUGCUCAGCGGGCAGUGCCACCUGUACAGAGGUACUGCUGGAAAACGGUGCCAAGCCCCAGUCAGAGAUGUGCCAGCCCUCGCCCAUACACGAAGCCUCCAGCAAAGGCAGAAGUGCUUGUCUGGAGGCGCUGAUCACAUGGGGAGCAGACGUGGACUAUGAUAUUCCUCACCUGGGAACCCCCCUGUACAUUGCCUGCAUCUCCUCAGGACUCCAGUGCACACAGAAACUCCUCGAUGGAGGGGCCAAUGUGCAGAAGGGCAGGUUCCUGGAGAGCCCGCUCCAUGCAGCAGCUCAGAAGGACUCUACUGAGAUCAUCAAUGUGUUGUUAGAGUUUGGAGCGAACAUUAACGCUAAAAACCUAGAGCUGAAGAGACCGGUGGAGUCAGCCCCACCUAACAGCUCAGCAGAGGAGACGUUACUGCUGUAUGAAGCAACACCUCAGUCACUAUGUCAACUGUGUCGUCUCAGUGUCAGAGAUUAUAUGGGCCGAUCUCGACUACACCUCAUCCCUCAGUUACACCUCCCCAACCCUCUCAAACGCUUCCUCCAGUACAGAUAGAACACAACGCUCUCUCUCUUUCUGUCUCUCUUUCUGUCUCUCUUUCUGUCUCUCUUUCUGUCUCUCUUUCUGUCUGUCUGUCUGUCUGUCUGUCUGUCUGUCUGUCUGUCUGUCUGUCUGUCUGUCUGUCUGUCUGUCUGUCUGUCUGUCUGUCUGUCUGUGUCUGUCUGUCUGUCUGUCUGUCUGUCUGUCUGUCUCUCUGUCUGUUGCUCUCUCCCUUCCCCUCUCUGUUUCUCUCUGUCUUCCUGUUUCUCUCUCUUUCUAAAUGAGAGAGCAUCGUCAUAAUAGAGGAUAUUCUCUCUCCCACCCUCUCUCUUUCUCUCUGUUUCUCUCUCUUUCUAAAUGAGAGAGCAUCGUCAUAAUAGAGGAUAUUCUCUCUCCCACCCUCUCUCUUUCUCUCUGUUUCUCUCUUUUUCUAAAUGAGAGAGCAUCGUCAUAAUAGAGGAUAUUCUCUCUCCUACCCUCUCUCUUUCUCUCUGUUUCUCUCUCUUUCUAAAUGAGAGAGCAUCGUCAUAAUAGAGGAUAUUCUCUCUCCCACCCUCUCUCUUUCUCUCUGUUUCUCUCUCUAAAUGAGAGAGCAUCAUCAUAAUAGAGGAUAUUCUCUCUCCCUCCCUCUCUCUUUCUCUCUCUUUCUUUCUCCGUCCAUCUUUAUCAUCAAGGGAAUGUUUUAUUACUCACUGAACCUUGUUUCUUUUUAACCCAGAACCUCAAAUGCACCGAAUCCCUCCCAUUCACUGACACCUGUUUCCACUCUUUCUCUGAAGCACCAACGUACAAGGUCAUGUAAAUAUGUAUAUUCUGUUACAUUGGCCAAAACAACAACUCUUAUGCUAAUCAGAUGUACUGUGAAUAAUAUUGCAUUUCAAUUAUUUUCUUAUAUAAUAUUAGCCAGCUAAUAUAUUAACGUGACCCGUAUAUGCAUAACUCACUGAAAAAUGUACAGUAUUUUGCCAAAACUCAUUUCACAUACCUCUCACCUGUUUCACUCUAAUAAAUAAGAAUGUUAUUCCA